AUGGCCUUUUUGACCCUUCCCUCUCUCCUUCGCACAUCAACGCGUGCGGUGCGGCUAAACCACAUCCCCGCACUCACCCCAUGUUUCCGCUCCAUCUCAACGAAGCACCCCACGGGCUUUGAACCUCCAUCCGAGGAGGAACUCCUAGAGCUACGAGAACGCGUGCAAGAUUUCACAAGGCGAGAGAUACCAGCCGAUGUUGCUGCACGGACAGAUGAACAGAAUGAGUUCCCAGCAGAAAUGUGGAAGAAGAUGGGUGAUGCUGGGUUCCUCGGUGUCACAGCCAACGAGGAGUACGGUGGCUUGGGGAUGGGCUACCAGGCACAUUGUGUGGUGAUGGAAGAGAUCAGCCGAGCAUCUGGAAGCAUCGGUCUCUCUUAUGCCGCCCACUCCCAGCUCUGCGUGAACCAGCUCUCUAUCAAUGGUUCGACAGAACAAAAAAAGCGCUUUCUUCCUGAUCUCCUAUCAGGCGAGAAGGUCGGUGCUCUUGCAAUGUCGGAGCAUUCGGCUGGCUCCGAUGUAGUCAGCAUGAAGACCACGGCGAAGGAAGUUGAUGGAGGCUGGCUCUUGAACGGAACUAAGAUGUGGAUUACCAACGUGAGUCGUUCCGGUGGUAUAGAUGGUAUUGGAGUUUCCGACCUGAUUGCUCACCCUUCCUUACAGGGCCCCGAUGCCGAUUAUAUUGUCGUGUACGCCAAGACACAGCCUGAACUAGGCUCCAAAGGUAUCACGGCGUUCCUGGUCGAGAAGACCUUCAAAGGCUUCUCGUGCGCACGUAAACUGGACAAGUUGGGUAUGCGUGGCUCUAACACAGGAGAACUAAUCUUUGAGGAUGUUUUCGUUCCACGGGAGAACCUCCUGGGUGAGCUGAACCGCGGUGUCCGCGUACUGAUGGAGGGUCUGGACUUAGAGCGACUCGUCCUGAGUGCAGGACCAUUGGGAAUCAUGCAAGCAGCACUUGACCUAGUCCUUCCUUACACUCAUGUGCGCAAACAAUUCGGUGCACCAAUCGCCCACAAUCAGCUGAUUCAGGGCAAGCUUGCGGACAUGUACACCAAACUGGCUGCCUCGCGUGCGUACACCUACGCCACGGCACGGCAGGUAGACAACGCCGCCGUGGAACCUGGUGAGAUGACCGUCCGCACUCAGGACUGCGCCGGCGCAAUCCUCUACGCCGCUGAACGUGCGACCGAAUGCACGCUUGAUGCCAUCCAGCUCAUGGGAGGAAGCGGGUACAUCAACGAGAUCCCUGCUGGGCGCCUUCUCCGGGACGCGAAGCUGUAUGAAAUUGGUGCCGGUACAAGUGAGAUCCGCAGGAUGGUCAUUGGCCGCGCAUUCAACAAGGAGUAUGCUUAA